AUGAUUUCUUCGAAUCCUACAAGUCAUUUUUUAACUUUACCAAAACGUCCAUUAGUGAAAGAAAAUGGUGAAGUGGGUGAAGGUCCACUAAGAAUGCAUUAUUGGGAAUGGAAAGGUUAUGGGCCAACGAUUUUAAUGUGUCAUGGUGGAACACUUCAUAGUCGAUGUUAUGAUCGAAUAAUAAAUGAAGCUUUAUUAGGAUAUCACGUGAUUUCGAUUGACUUUCGCGGACAUGGUCAAUCAGAUAAGCAUCGUCUUCCUUAUCGAUUUUCAUGGUUUGGUGAAGAUUUAUUAAAUUUUAUCGAAAUUCUCGAUUUAUCAAAGAAGAAUUCUUUACUUGGCAUCGGUCAUUCACUUGGUGGACAUGCUCUUGUCUUAGCUGGUGCAUUGGCAUCGAAAUCAAUCUUUCACUCCUUACUUUUACUAGAUCCCGGAAUCUUUUCUUCAUUUUACUAUGAACAAAGUGAUCAACAUUCGAAGUCUUCGAAACAUUUAGCACCACGACGAGGUCAAUGGUCUUCAAUUGAAGAAAUGAUUUCAUAUAUGGAGAAACCUUCUCGACUUUUUUCAUGGCCAAAAGAUGUUCUUCGUGAUUAUUGUUCUUAUGCAAUUGAUGAAAACGGCAAACUUCAUUGUACACCUGAAAGAGCUUGGCAUUUGUAUGAAAUAAGUGUUCAUCGAGAAUCAGAUAUUCGCCAAAUUGUUCAAAAUUCGAAAUUUAUUCACCAAACCAAAGUUCAUGUGAUUCGAGCAGGUCUUUCUCAAUUAUCUGGAAGAAUUUCGGUUCCAUCAGUUGCACCUGAUCUUUCUCAAUGGUUUCAAUAUGGUUAUGAUACACUAUUAAGAGAUUCCAAUCAUUCAUUUCCUCAGGAACAACCCGAACUUCUUACUCAUUUUGUUAAAUUAUUUAUUCAACAAUAUCAAAACACACGUUCGCAUCUUUAA